CGCAGUGAAUGACAUCGCUUCCCUCUUCACUCCUUCACCAAGGCGUUGGUUUCCCCUUACUUUUGCUUCAUUGCUUUGUGCAUAGUUGGUUGCAAUUGCCUCGAUUUGAUCUGUUCUGUCUGGUUGUAAAUUCCAGCCAGCGUCUGCAUUGUACUGCUACUCAAUAUAUAUCAUUGCGUCAUGGGCGGAAUAAGAGAGGAUCUAGCAUAUGAUCCCCCCUGCCAUCCACGAGCAUGUGCCAUUCAAGCUUGUCUGACCAAGAACUCAUACCAGGAAGAAAAGUGCCAGUCGCAAAUUAAUGCCCUCUACGAAUGCUGCAAUUCGUUCUACAAGGAGCAAGGCGAAGAAGCGAAAACCCCGAGCUGUCCCAAGCCCAGUCUCCUGCGACUGAGAAUGAAGCAACGAGGUCAGGAAUCCUAGCUUGAACGCGAAACUCCUCACCGUGGCUUUGCGCUUUUGUGUAGACGUGUAUAUAUUACCACCCCGAGCUUUGCAAAAAUCGAAAUGCGCGGCCAAGGAC